AUGGUGCAAUAUAACUUCAAGAAGAUGACUGUUGUACCGAGUGGGAAGGACUUCAUUGACAUUAUCCUAUCUCGCACCCAGAGGCAGACUCCAACUGUAGUUCACAAGGGUUAUGCUAUUUCCCGCCUCCGUCAGUUCUAUAUGCGUAAAGUAAAAUAUACCCAACAGAAUUUUCAUGAGAAGCUCUCCACAAUCAUUGAUGAGUUUCCUAGGCUGGAUGACAUCCACCCUUUCUAUGGCGACCUUCUUCAUGUUCUCUACAACAAAGACCAUUACAAGCUUGCACUUGGCCAGAUCAAUACUGCAAGGAACCUUAUUGGUAAGAUUUCCAAAGAUUAUGUGAAAUUGUUAAAGUAUGGUGAUUCACUUUACCGAUGCAAAUGUCUCAAGGUUGCUGCUCUUGGCCGCAUGUGCACGGUUAUAAAGAGGAUUGGUCCUAGUUUAGCUUACCUAGAACAAAUUAGGCAACACAUGGCAAGGCUACCUUCAAUUGACCCUAAUACCAGGACAGUAUUGAUUUGUGGCUAUCCGAAUGUUGGAAAGAGCUCAUUCAUUAACAAGAUCACUAGGGCUGAUGUGGAUGUCCAGCCUUAUGCUUUUACCACCAAGUCACUCUUUGUGGGACAUACAGAUUAUAAAUACUUGAGGUACCAGGUAAUUGAUACACCAGGGAUUUUGGACCGCCCAUUUGAAGACCGUAACAUUAUUGAGAUGUGCAGCAUAACAGCUUUGGCUCACUUGAGAGCUGCGGUCUUGUUUUUCUUGGACAUCUCGGGGUCUUGUGGGUACAGCAUUGCCCAACAGGCAGCUCUUUUUCACAGUAUUAAGUCUCUGUUUAUGAACAAACCAUUGAUUAUAGUCUGCAACAAGACUGAUUUGCAGCCACUGGAGGCUAUAUCCGAGGAAGACAAGAAGUUGGUCACGGAGAUGAAAGCUGAAGCUAUGAAGACAGUGAUUGGUCAAGGAGGUGAGGCUACCAAUGAUGAGGGGGUACUCUUAACCAUGAGCACUCUGACCGAGGAGGGGGUAAUUGCUGUAAAGAAUGCAGCUUCCACGUGA